AUGUCGCUCCACUUCAUAUUUAUCUAUCUAUCUAUCUAUCUAUCAUCUAUCUAUCUAUCUAUAAAUCUAUCUAAAAUUUUUCUUCUAUCUAUCUAUCUAUCUAUCUAUCUAUUAUUAUUAUUUCCUUGGUUAAAAUUAGUAUUAGUAUUCCCUUAUUAUUUUUAUUUUUUCUUCUUUAUCCUCAUCUUCUUCAUUUUUACUUCUCCAUCCUAUUCACCAUCAUCUUCUUCUUCCCAUUAUUAUUAUUAUUAUUAUUAUUCCUUAUUCUUUCUGCCUUUUUUCUUUCUUUAUCCUCAUCUUCUUCAUUUUUUUCUACUUAUUCCAUCCUAUUCACUCAUCUUCUUCUUCUUCCCAGAUUAUUAUUAUUAUUAUUAUUAUUAUUAUUAUUAUUAUUAUUAUUAUUCCCCUUCUGCCUUUUCCUCCUUAUUUAUCCUCAUCUUCUUCAUUUUCUACUUCUCCAUCCUAUUCGCCACAUCUUCUUCUUCCCAUUAUUAUUAUUAUUAUUAUUAUUAUUAUUAUUAUUCCCCUCUGCCUUUUCCUUCUUCUAUAUCCUCAUCUACAUUAUUUUUACUUCUUCAUCCUAUUCACCAUCAUUUUUUUCUUCUCUUCUUCUUCUGA